UUAAGGACUUUUAGCUCCUGCCAGUGUGUAGAAAGUCAACACGAAUGUAUGUAUAAUUCAGUACUGCAAAAAAAAUAGGGCCAAAUACAGCAAAAAUGUACGGAAAAGACAUAAAGGUCAGAUAUGUAAAUAAAACAAUAUAACAAAACGAACAACACAACAAAAACUGGAAAAUAUCAAUCACACCAGUCUAUUAUCGACUCAAUACCGGCAUACUACCCCAGGUAUCAACACUAUCGAUAUUUGUAUCGAUCCGCCCACCCGUAGGCUACGGUGUACCUGCCUUCCCAUAGCAGCAUAUGGCAGCCCCCGCGCCGACCCUCCACAAACCCCAAACGACGUCGUCUGCCUCCUAAAAUACACAUCAUGUUAUAUUCAUGCUGUGUUUGAAAUAACAAUUUGUAAAAAAAUCUCUGAUUUGGUCUCGCUGCACACCGGAAGCUGGGAGGGAGGGAGGUGGGAUGCAGACUCUGCUUUACUAACGUAUUCAUCUCCCAGCGACCGCAUCCACUCUACUUUGUGUCCGCCAAGAUGCUGAAACGUCUCGGGAUUUCUUCUGCGCCGAGCUGGUGUUAGCGAGGCACCACACGCCCCGUCAUACCGUCAAUAGCUGAUUAGCGUCAUCAUGUCCCCUCCGGCGUCGGCUGCCAGUGAAAGCAGCGCCACGACUGUGUUUGAAGAGGACGCCAGAGAGGAGCAAAAACCCCAUAAGCAAUCGCUGAGCAAGUCGUUGUGUCGGGAGAGUUUCUGGAAAUGUCUUCUCCUGUCUAUUCUCAUGUACGGCUGCAUGGGGGCGAUGGUUUGGUGUCACGUCACAGAGGUGACCCGCCUCACAUUUGACAGCGCAUUCAAAGGGAAAUCCAUGAUGUACCAUGACAGCCCCUGCUCUGAUGGCUACAUAUACAUCCCUCUGGCUCUGCUGGGCAUGCUCUACCUGGUCUACCUGGUGGAGUGCUGGCACUGUCACGCCAAGAACGAGCUGCAACACAAAGUAGACGUGGAGGGCAUUUAUGAGCGAAUCCAGAGAAUGCAGCAAGCUAAGCCGUGCAUCUGGUGGAAGGCCAUCAGCUACCACUAUGUGCGUCGCACACGGCAAGUCACACGCUAUCGCAAUGGGGACGCAUACACCAGCACCCAGGUUUACCACGAGCGAGUCAACACUCAUGUGGCCGAAGCUGAAUUUGACUAUGGUCACUGUGGCGUGAAAGAUGUCUCCAAACAACUCCUCAAUUUAGAAAAGUCUGCCCUCACAAAGAUGCGCUUCACCAAGUGUUUUAGCUUUGCCAACGUUGAGUCUGAGAAUUCCUACCUUACACAACGUGCCAGGUUUUUUACGGACAAUGAGGGCCUUGAUGACUACAUGGAGGCCAGGGAGGGCAUGCACCUGAAAAACAUUGAGUUAAAGGAAUAUAUCAUGGCUCUGUCUGACCCAGACCAACACCCCUGGUAUCUGUCCCAUUACGUCUUUUGGUUUGCCUCGUUCCUCACCUUCUCAUGGCCUCUACGGGUCUUCACGGAGUAUCGCACCGCAUAUGUCCACUAUCGUGUUGAAAAACUCUUUGGACAUGAUUACAUCCCAGUGACGCCAUGUGAUGAUCGCCCGUAUUGGAGACGCAUCCCUCGUGUAAACACCAUCGACAGCACAGAGUUGGAGUGGCACAUUCGGUCCAAUCAGCAGUUGGUGCCCAGUUACUCAGAGGCAGGCCUCAUGGACCUAGCCCAAUGCCCUUCCAACUUCAGCGGCAUUCGGCAGAACUGUGAGCGAUGCCACAGAGCCAUCAGUUGCUCUUCAGUGUUCUCCAGAAGCGCCCUCAGUGUCUGUACAGGAGCCAGCUCCCGAAUCCCUUUCAGUGGCAGCAGAUUCUCCCUGGCUCGGCGCUACGGAUCACAACGGAGCUGCUUUUGGAGAAGCGGCAGUUUGGACGACCAGGAGAGUCCCAGUGAAAACACCCGCUGUCUUUCAGAGCGCCUCACCACAGACGAUGAAGAACCUCCAGACUAUGACAACGCACUCUGCUACCCGGUGCUCAUUGUCCACUGCAGUGAGAAUUGCCACAAUCACAGGUCUUUCCACAGAAACGGCUCCUGUGUGGAGACUUCUCUAUGACUGCACUGAAAGAACACACGAGCAUACAGUUCUGGUCAGAAGUUUACAUACACUCAUCAUGAGAACGAAUGCCAUUUAAAUUUAGGGCCCCUGAUGAUUUUUUUGAAUCGUUCUUUCUCGAGAGAGGAAUGAUUACAAAAUUUCUUUAGUGGGUUUUAAAAAACACAAGAGAGUGUGCACAAGAAUUUGGGAAAUAGCUUCAUAUGGACUUUUGACCACUCUUCUUGGGAGAGCUGGUAGAGUUAAUUCAAGCUGAUUGGUUUCCUGACACAGACCCAGCUACACAUCUAUGGAUGUUUUCAUUCAUCCAGGUCAUUGUAUUCUCAGGGCUUUCAAUCUAUCGCAACUGGACUGUUCAGUUUGUCUUAGAAGACUUUUUGCCUCUCAUCCAAGCAGGCUUAAUCAGUUCAUGCUCAUAGACUUAGAUUGGUCAGAUCUAGUCAAUGACCUUGAACAUUCUUCUAGAUUAGAACGUGUCUUCCAUGGUACAGUGUGAUUGAUUGAAAGCCCAGAAUAUAGUCCACAUGGAUCCACAAUUCCAGAACCGUAGCCUGCUUCAUCCAUUACAAAACCAGUUCAGAUGUUUGUUGUCCUGUUGGAGCCCAAUGGUUUCUAAAUUUAAACUGUCUAGCUGUUAAUUUGAGGUAAAAAUUAACUAUUUGGUAGUUCUUCAUUAUUUCCUCCAUUUCAUGCAGCGCACCAGAACUGCUGAAAGUAAAGCAAUCUCACAGACACUUGACACUCAAUGUUCUUAGGUUUGAAAGCUUCCAAUUGACUCCUCCAAACAUACAAAGUAGCUUUUUCUGGUAGCCAUAAAACAUUCCUCCAAAUGGCACUGGCUUGUGCGUGUGGUGCAGCUGCAAAUUGGAGAACAAGCUUAUUUUUGGUUGGCACUGUCUCAGUACAUGUUGAUAUACCGUAAAUCUGUCUUUACUGUGAACCACACUGGCGUUCCAGAUUCCAGGUCAUGGCAGGCUUCAGUCUUAGUGGUUCCUGAACAUCCUAACCAAUUUCCUUUCAUUUGAAAGUGACAGUAUCAGUCUUCUUCCAGAUCUUGGAAAAGUGGUGACACAUCCCUGUGUACAAAGUACAAUUGUUUGUAGUGUUAUUAUUAGAAUCUGCAGUUGAUCCAAAAGACUUUACCCACAAUCUACAACGAUCCUUCACUGAGAUCCUUGGACUUUCCCAUAGUUUUGUAUUGGUCGAUCCAAUGAGAGCAGUACUUUUUUUGGUACCGAACAAAGCUUUUCUAUACAAAUAAAGCAAGAAGAAGGCACUCAAAAGUACUGUAAAGUUCCACUUUUCAAAAUGUGCUAGCUCGGUGCUAAUUUACAUUGGCUUUUUCAUAGUCAUGCUACUGAUUAGCAUUAGUGAUGUUACAUGGUGAUUUCAAAACCUCCAAACUGGCAAUCGGAACUACAACUGAGAUGCACAUUACAAUCAAACAGCAGGUGUGUAUUAAGUACAAUACUUUUAGUUUAAACACUUGGUAGAACUCAACAAAAGAACAAACUGGCUCAUUCAACUUCAUGGCAAAGACUACUUCCUGACAAAAGGCACAGUAUAUACACUACUGCCUUCUAACAUGGAGGACUUGCAACUGCAUGUAAUGUCUAUUAUAUAAUAUGUGCAAAUGAGACUCAGAAGUGUAAAAAAACCAAGAUAACAACCGGACCCAAUUUUUGUUUACAACCAUCAUUGAAGAUCUAUGUUGUGCAAUUAAAUAACCAUUCAAAGAAACUAUUAAGGGCCCAGAAUUAAUAUGGCAUUAUUAUGACGAGUGUAUGUAAACGUAUGACAGGAAGUGGCUCAGUAGCAUGAUACACUUUGUGUUGUCAUUUCUCACACAAAUGCCUGAAUCCUGAAUGUGUGAAAGACCAAAGCAAUAAGUGCAACCUCCUAGUGGAUGAAGACUGUUAACACUGUAUAUCAUUGCCAUAGCUUUUCAAAUCUUUACAUCUAAAAGUGGCGCUGCAGUUACCUCACAGGAGCAUUACUGACAUGAUGAGCAGAUUUAAGUAUCUAACUGCAAAAGAAGCAUCAGAAGACUCAAGUUAGGUAAUUUUCAACGACAGCAAUAAUCACAAAAACACCAAAUAUGACCAUAUCACAUGACAUAAUAGAAUCUAUGCCACACGAAAAACACAAAAUACUCAUUUAUGUCAAUUUAUAAUGUGUAAUUUUUUAUGUUGUGAUGAAGAGUGAUGAUUUAAGUUAACUCAAGAUGCCUUUUUUUAAUUUAAUUUAUUUUUUUUUACACCUUUUUACGCUGUUCAGAAUGUAUAGUGCCUGUAGGUUGAACUACACUGCACCAUGUUUUGAGGUUCAUUUUCUUAUGAUUUAUGAAUUAUGCCUACUAUUUCAGCAAAUUGUGUUGUAACUCACAUAAUUGCUCACAGGAUUUUGAAAGAAUUUAGAUCAGGGGUGUCAACAUACCAAAGACUAUAAAAAUGGGACCCAUUACCUCCCUGCUUGGCACUCAGCAUCAAGGGUUGGAAUUGGGGGUUAAAUCACCAAAAUGAUUCCCGGGCGUGGCGCCGCUGCUGCCCACUGCUCCCCAAGGGGAUGGGUCAAAUGCAGAGGACAAAUUUCACCACACCUAGUGUGUGUGUGACAAUCAUUGGUACUUUAACUUUAACUUUAACAAACUCGUUUUCAUUGAAUGCUACAUCGCAGUUCCCUUAGAGGGCCGCUUGUAACAGUGAACAUACAUUAAAUAAUAUGUAUAAAGAUUUUCCUCGUGAUAGUGUUACACAAUUGCCUAUGCAUUUGAUUAUUAAUGUGUGUGUAUAUAUAUACAGUACAGGCCAAAAGUUUGGACACACCUUCUCAUUCCAUGGGUUUUCUUUAUUUUCAUGACUAUUUACAUUGUAGAUUGUCACUGAAGGCAUCAAAACUAUGAAUGAACACAUGUGGAGUUAUGUACUUAACAAAAAAAGGUGAAAUAACUGAACACAUGUUUUAGAUUCUAGUUUCUUCAAAAU